CGGUUGUUGACUUAACGUCCUUUGGCGUCUUAUAAGACGGUGUUCCCCACUGUGGUUGGAGGCCGGGACGAGGUAAUGUGUUGAACGGUGCAGUAAAAUUUCCCCCCGAAUUUGUUCCUCUGAACAACUCACUUCACGAUAUCAGGCACACAACUAAGACCCAAACCACCACGCGAGAACCGACACAUCACACUGCCUCUUUUCUACCCGAUUCAGAUUUCCUGCUGUAUACAGCAAAAUUGACAAAGGCAGCGAGCCCAAAAAGACACGUGAUUGCGGGAUACAAAGUUUUCUCUCGAAGGCUUCGACGAAAACCACCAACCUUUCACCACUUACACAUCAUAUACAUCUCAACACCAAACCGGGUAGUCUCACAGCCACACCGUUCUAGACUCAGGGUCGAAUUACCAAUACCGCCAAGAUGUCCCAACCAACCCUCUACGAAAUCCUCUCCCUCUCACCCACCACCUCCGACCUCACCCCCGCCAUAAUCAAACAAGCCUACCGCCGCGCCCUCCUCACCCACCACCCCGACAAGUCUUCUUCUUCUUCUUCUUCUUCUUCUGCUUUCUCCUCCUCAUCCACCUCCAACGGCCACCUCAACAGCCACCCCCCUCCAAAAACCAAAAAAUCCAUCUCCUACACAAUCGACCAAAUCUCCCUCGCAUACACCACCCUCUCCUCCCCCACUCUACGGACCCAAUACGACGCCUCCUUACGACGUCUUGCUGCUUCCUCCCACACCCACCCCACAACAACCCUCGGCAAGGGUAAUGUAGUCGAAGACUUCCAAACAGGCAUCGACACCAUCGACCUAGACGACAUGGUUUUCGUACCUAGUACCAGCACUAGCAGUAAUGAAAAAGACACAUGGUACCGCCCCUGCCGAUGCGGCAACGAGCGGGGCUUUGCCCUAACAGAGGAAGAUCUGGAAGAGAAUGCCGACUUGGGGGAGGUAUUGGUCCAGUGCGCGGAUUGUACGAUUUGGUUGCGGGUUUGUUAUGUGGUUGCUGAGGAUGACGACGACAAGGAGGAGGAGGAGGAGAAAGGGGAUGGGGAUGAUGAGGAGAAGAGGAAGAGGUAGUGGGGAGGCAUCAUCAUCAUGGCUAUUAGGAAGACUUGCUGUGGGUAUAUAAGUGGUUGAUCGGGAACAGAAGAAGGAGGUGAGUGGGCUGGAUUGGAUCAAUGGGAUCAACGAAAAGUAGAGGGGUUAUGGUGGUGGUGGUAUUGAGAAGACGGCAUCUGUAAGUGAGUGAUGGUUUAGAAUCUGGCAGGAAAUGUUGGUAUGGUCACUCAAAAGAUACCCGUAUACCAAGACGACUUUCGGAAUCACUAGCUUAGUUUGACGAGGGUGGAGGCAUAAACGAAUACCACUU